UGCAGUGGGGCAGGUGGCGGCGGCCGGCGGCGUCCGAGGCGGUCUCCAUCUGGCACUCCCAGAAGGAUGGAUUCCAUUCGCACGAACUCAAUGGAUUCACUCCAGAGGCUGACUUUGCUAUAGAAACACCCACAGUUGUAUCGAUGGUUGGGGAAAGAUAGUGACCAGAGGCAGAGAGAAACAGCGCUGACGUCCUGGGAAGAUGAGCAUGCUGAAGCCCAGUGGGCUAAAGGCCCCCAGCAGGAUCCUCAAGCCAGGGAGCUCCGCCUUGAAGGCACCUGCUGCUGUUGCAGCUCCAGUAGAAAAAACAGUAUCCGCCGAAAAAGCAUCAAGUGUCCCGUCCUCUGAGGCUCAGGAGGAAUUUGUCGAUGACUUCCGUGUUGGGGAGCGCGUUUGGGUGAACGGCAAUAAGCCUGGGUUUAUCCAGUUUCUUGGAGAGACCCAGUUUGCACCAGGCCAGUGGGCUGGGAUUGUCUUAGAUGAACCCAUAGGCAAGAACGAUGGCUCGGUGGCUGGAGUUCGUUAUUUCCAGUGUGAACCUCUGAAGGGCAUUUUUACCCGACCGUCAAAGUUAACACGGAAGGUCCAAGCAGAAGACGAAGCCAAUGGCGUGCAGACGACUCAAGCUUCCAGAGCCACAUCACCGUCUGCCGGCAGCGUGGUGUCCUCCCCAGCCACCCCCGCAAACAUUUCCCAUAAGUCGCCCCAGCCAACAGCAAAGGAACCUUCAGCGACAUCCCAGAUCAGCAACCUUACGAAAACUGCCAGCGAAUCCAUCUCCAACCUUUCAGAAGCUGGGUCAAUCAAGAAAGGAGAAAGAGAGCUCAAGAUUGGAGACCGGGUGUUGGUUGGAGGCACCAAGGCUGGUGUAGUGCGCUUUCUUGGGGAGACCGACUUUGCCAAGGGGGAGUGGUGUGGUGUGGAGCUGGACGAGCCCCUCGGGAAGAAUGAUGGCGCCGUCGCCGGGACGAGGUACUUUCAGUGUCAGCCCAAAUACGGCUUGUUUGCGCCUGUCCACAAAGUGACCAAGAUUGGCUUCCCUUCCACCACGCCAGCCAAGGCCAAGGCCGCCGCGGUGAGGCGAGUGAUGGCGACCACGCCCGCCAGCCUGAAGCGCAGCCCCUCGGCCUCCUCCCUCAGCUCCAUGAGCUCGGUGGCCUCGUCCGUGAGCAGCAAGCCCAGCCGGACAGGAUUACUGACCGAGACCUCCUCCCGGUACGCCAGGAAGAUCUCCGGCACCACUGCCCUCCAGGAGGCCCUGAAGGAGAAGCAGCAGCACAUUGAGCAGCUGCUAGCCGAACGGGACCUGGAGAGGGCGGAGGUGGCCAAGGCCACGAGCCACGUGGGGGAGAUAGAGCAGGAGCUAGCCCUGGCCCGGGACGGCCACGACCAGCAUGUCCUGGAAUUGGAGGCCAAGAUGGACCAGCUGCGAACGAUGGUGGAGGCGGCCGACAGGGAGAAGGUGGAGCUUCUGAACCAGCUAGAAGAGGAGAAGAGGAAGGUUGAGGACCUGCAGUUCCGGGUUGAAGAAGAAUCGAUCACCAAAGGAGAUCUCGAGGUGGCCACGGUGUCAGAAAAGUCACGUAUAAUGGAGCUAGAGAAAGACCUAGCGUUGAGGGCACAGGAAGUGGCAGAGCUGCGGAGAAGGCUGGAGUGCACUAAGCCUGCUGGGGACGUGGACGUGUCGCUUUCCCUUUUGCAAGAGAUAAGCUCUUUGCAAGAGAAGCUGGAAGCCGCCCAGGCCGAGCACCAGAGAGAAAUGGCUUCCCUGAGGGAGCAUUUUGGAACCCAGGAAGAAGCAUUUCAGAAGGACAUCAAGGGUCUGCAGGCCGCCACGGAGAAGCUUUCCAAGGAGAACGAGUCCUUGAAAAGCAAGCUUGAGCACGCCAACAAGGAGAACGCGGACGUGAUCGCGCUGUGGAAGUCCAAGCUGGAGACGGCCAUCGCGUCCCACCAGCAGGCCAUGGCGGAGCUGAAGGUGUCCUUCAACAAAGGGCUGGGGGCCGAGUCGGCCGAGUUUGCGGAGUUGAAGGCGCAGAUAGAGAAAGUGAGACUGGAUUACCAGCAUGAGAUAGAAAGCCUGCAGAACCAGCAGGACUCUGAGCGGUCUGCUCAUGCCAAGGAGGUCGAAGCCCUCAGGGCCAAACUGCUGAAGGCCAUCAAGGAGAAGGAGGACAGUCUGGAGGCCCUCAAGUCGAAACUGGACAGAGCAGAGGACCAGCACCUGGUGGAGAUGGAGGACACGCUGAACAGACUGCAGGAGGCUGAGACAAAGGUAAAGGAGCUAGAGGCGCUGCGAGCCAGGUGCAGCGAGCAGACCGAGCUUCUCGAUAGCUUUACAUCGCAGCUCAAGGCGACCGAAGAGAAGCUCUCGGAUCUUGAUGCGCUUCGGAAGGCCAGUUCCGAAGGUAAAUCGGAAAUCAAGCAGCUUAGACAGCAGCUCGAGGCGGCUGAGAAACAGAUUACAAAUUUAGAGAUUGAAAAGGAUGCUGAGCGCGGCAAGGCUAGUGGCAUUGCCAGAGAGCUCCAGGAGAAGGAGCUCAAGCUUACUAAACUCGAGGAAAACUUGAGUGAAGUUAGUCGAGUGAAAGAGGCUCUGGAAACGGAACUGCGGGUCUUGGAAGAAAAGUUUGCUGAUGCUUCCGAAGAGGCGGUCUCUGUUCAGAGAAGCAUGCAAGAAACUGUCAAUAAGUUACACCAAAAGGAGGAACAAUUUAACCUGCUGUCGUCUGAACUGGAAAGGCUGAGAGAGAAUUUAACAGAUAUGGAGGCAAAAUUUAGAGAGAGAGAUGAAAGAGAGGAGCAGUUGGUCAAGGCAAAAGAAAAACUGGAAAACGACAUUGCAGAGAUAAUGAAGAUGUCAGGAGAUAAUUCUUCCCAGCUGAGCAGAAUGAAUGAUGAGCUGCGACUUAAAGAGAGAUGUGUAGAGGAAUUACAGCUAAAGCUUACAAAGGCUAACGAGAAUGCAAGUUUCCUGCAGAAAAGCAUUGGAGAAGCAGCUCUCAAAGCUGAACAGAGCCAGCGCGAAGCAGCUGUGAAACACGAGGAAGAAAAGAAGGAGCUGGAGGAGAAACUGCUGGACCUGGAAAAGAAGGUGGAGACCAGCCACAACCAGUGUCAGGACCUGAAGGCCCAGUACGAAAAAGUCAGUUCUGAGAUGAAAGCAAAGCACGAGGAGGCCCUGCAGAACCUGCAGAAGACGCUGCUGGGCACGGAGGAGGAGCUGAGGGCUGCCCAGGCGGAGAGCAGAGAGCUGCUGCAGGAGGUGGAGGAGCUGCGAGCGCAAGCCGACAAGGCCAGAUCGCUAACCUAUUUGUUAACAUCAGCCAAAAAAGAAAUUGAACUAAUGUCAGAGGAGCUGAGGGGCCUGAAGUCAGAGAAGCAGCUUCUUGCUCAGGAGGGAAAUGCUUUAAAGUUAGAGAAAGGUGCGCUGCUAUCAAAGCUUGUAGAAGUGGAGGCCAAAAUCACCUUGCUUCAGGAAGACCAACAGAAACUCUGGUCAGUCAACGAAGCCCUCGCUUCGGAAAAGGAGAAAGUCUUAGAGGAGAAGCAGUUUUACCAGCAGGGGUAUCGCGACAAAGAAGCUUUGGCUGUGGAGAGAGAGAAACUGCUUAAGGAGAUCCACGUUGCCCAGGAAGAAGUCUUGAAGAUGAGUGUGGAAAACGACUCUCUGCAGGCCUCCAAGGCGAGCCUGCAGGUGCUCGUCCGAGAGCUCCAGGUCAGCAAGGAUACUCUGGUGGCCGAGUCUAAGAGGCAUCGGGAGGAGAAAGACCACCUGGAGGGCCGGAUCAGGAAGCUGCUUACCGAAAACCUUGCCUUGGCUAAAGACAAGGAUGACGUGAUUCAGAAGCUGCAGAGCUCCUAUGAGGAGCUGGCCACCGAUCAGAAGGCCCUGGUGCAGGAGAUCGAAGACCUCACCAGUGAGAAGAGGUCGGUUUUAGAGAAGCAGUCGAGUCUGGAUAGCACGUGUGUAGCCUUGAAGGUGGAACGGGACGGGCUCCUGCAGAGCAAGCGGGACCUGCAGCUGGAGAAGGAUGCGCUGCUCCAAGGCCAGGAGAAGCUGAAUGCCAGCCUGGAGGCCGCCCUGCAGGUCAAGGAGCUGCUCAGCUCGGAGGCCGCCGGGCUGCGGGCUCAGCUGGACUGCGCCAGCAAAGCUCUGAGGAAGGCCGAGCUGGAGACGCGGCAGCUUCAGGCCACGAACACGAGCCUCACGGCGUUCCUGGAGGAGAUCAAGACCAGCCGGGCGAUCACAGACUCCGAGUACAUCCAGCUUCUCCAUGAAAAGGAAGCCUUGGCCGCCUCCGAGCGGAGGCUCUUGGCUGAGAAAGAAGAACUUGCGAGUGAAAGCAGGGCCAUCACCGAGAAGCUCAGCAGAUGCUCGGAGGAGGCCACGCACGCCGAGGUGGGCCUGAGCGAGAAGAUCGCCUGCCUGGCUUCCGAGAAGGAGAUGGUGUGCCAGAGACUGACCAAGCUCAGGAGGCAGCAGGAAGGUCUCUUGAAAGACAAGUCGGCAUUGGAGAAGCAAAACGCAGAUCUACUCGCAGAGAGAGAGAACUCCAUCAAAGCCCUAGGAGACCUCAAAAGGAAGUACGACCAGGAGUCGGCCAACAGAAGACUCGUCGUGCACGAGAAGAUGAAACUGCUGGGCAGCGUUGAUGCCCUCAAGAAGGAGCUUCUCGAGACAAAAAGGGAAAACCAGGAGCUAGCGUCGAGCAAGUGCGACCUCUCUCUGAUGCUGAAGGAGGCCCAGGACAGCAGGAAGCGUCUGGAACAGGAGCGCGCGGACAUGCUGCAAGCCAGGGAGAGUCUGAACGCUGAGCUGCAGACCUGCUGCUGCGAGAAGAACAUGCUGCUGAGAGACGGCCUGAACCUGCAGGAGGAGUGUCAGAAGCUGAGCGAGGAGAUCCACGCCGCGCAGCAGGCCCUGGCCCUGGAGAAGGAGGCCAGAGCCAAGGAAAGCGAGUCAUCCCUGUAUGAGAACAAGAAGCUGCACGGGCGGCUGGUGCUCCUGGAGCAGGAGGUGGCGGAGCUGAGAGUGCGCGCCGAGGAGCUACAGGCCGAGAAAUUUGCGCUGAUCCAGGAGAAGGCCACGUCCGAGCAGAGGGUGGUGGAGAUAAUCAAGGAGAAGGAGCUGUUGAGUGCGGAAACGGCACAGCUGGCCGCCAACAUAGAGACUCUCAAGAGCGACUUCGCCACCUUGUCCAAGUCCAAGUUAGAGCUCCAGGAGCUGCACAGCUACCUCACCAAGAUCCUGGACGACCUCCGGCUGAACCACGAGGUGACCCUGGCCGAGAGAGCCAAGGUGAUGCAAGACAACAAGAGCCUGCUGGCCGAGCAGAGGGAGACGGCGCUGCGGCGGGACGAGCUGCUGCAGGAGAAGGAGAAGCUGGAGGAGAGCUACUUCGUCCUGCAGCGGGAGCUCGGCCAGCUGGCCACCACCAACAGCCACAUCUCGGCCAGCCUGCUCGAGUCGCAGGCGGAAAACCGCACUUUGAGGAAAGACAAGAGCAAGCUCACCCUUAGGAUUAGAGAGCUCGAGGCCCUUCAUUCAUUCACGGCUACUCAAACAGCAGAAGACACCAUGCAGAUAAUGGAACAGAUGACCAAAGAGAAGACGGAAACUCUGGCCUCUCUGGAGGACACCAAGCAAACAAAUGCAAAACUGCAGAAUGAAUUGGACACACUUAAAGAAAACAACCUGAAGAAUGUGGAAGAGCUCAACAAGUCAAAAGAACUUCUGACUGUAGAGAACCAAAAAAUGGAAGAAUUUAGGAAAGAAAUCGAAACCCUGAAGCAGGCGGCCGCUCAGAAGUCCCAGCAGCUCUCAGCGCUGCAAGAAGAGAACAUCAAACUUGCCGAGGAGCUGGGACGGAGCAGGGACGAGGUCACCAGUCACCAGAAGCUGGAAGAAGAAAGAUCUGUGCUCAAUAAUCAGUUGUUAGAAAUGAAAAAGAGAGAAUCCAAGUACAUCCAAGAUGCCGAUGAAGAGAGAGCCUCCUUGCAGAAAUCCAUCCGUACCACCAGUGCCUUACUCACGGAGAAGGACGCGGAGCUGGAGAAGCUGAGGAACGAGGUCACGGUGCUCAGGGGGGAGAACGCCUCGGCCAAGUCCUUGCACUCCGUGGUGCAGUCUCUGGAGUCUGACAAGGUGAAGCUCGAGCUCAAGGUGAAGAACCUGGAGCUGCAGCUCAGAGAGAACAAGAGGCAGCUCAGCAGCUCCUCCGGUAAUACGGACACUCAGGCAGAAGAGGACGAGAGAGCCCAGGAGAGCCAGAUUGAUUUCCUAAAUUCGGUGAUAGUAGACCUUCAAAGGAAGAACCAAGACCUCAAGAUGAAGGUGGAGAUGAUGUCGGAGGCAGCCCUUAACGGGAACGGCGAGGACCUGAACAGCUACGACAGUGAUGACCAGGAGAGACAGUCCAAGAAGAAACCCCGCCUCUUCUGUGACAUCUGUGACUGCUUCGACCUCCACGACACGGAGGAUUGUCCCACCCAGGCACAGAUGUCGGAAGACCCUCCGCACUCCACGCACCACGGCAGCCGGAGCGAGGAGCGCCCGUACUGCGAGAUCUGUGAGAUGUUUGGGCACUGGGCAACCAACUGCAAUGACGACGAGACCUUCUGAUGGCGCCCGGGCCCGAACGGCCGCUCGGACUCUGCAGUGAGGCAGCUGACACCAGCGUCGGGCGCAGACUGCGCGAGAGCUCACGUUAUUUUCGACCCCCACCAAAAACCUAAGAAAAUAUUUUGAUCUUGAACAAAUCGCCCUUUAGGUUAGACUAAUAAACACUCAGUAGGUGAGUCUUCAGCCCGACUUUGUUUUCCUGAUUUUUCAGUUUUAAGACGCUGCACCAGAUGCCGUUACAUUUACUGUGCCCGGAGAAGCCUCACAGAACCAUCCUUCCCCUUAAACACCCUAUUUAAGUAACGUUAAAUUAUGCCGUUACUUUUCGUAUUUGCACUAAAAUAUUUGCAGGCUGCAUUUUUUUGUAUAUUUAGAUUUUUUUUUUUUUUUUUUUGGUGAAGCUUUGACACUGGAAUGAGUUGAAAAAAUGUACCAUUUUGCAUUUUCAUUGACUCAUUUAAAGUAUUUUAUUGCUAAUCAAAGAAAUAUCUGAGCUCUUUGCACUACCUGUUAUCAGUAGUGCCUUUUUAUCAGGCUUGAUGACAAGUAGGUGUGAUUACAAAAUCAUGGAACAGGUGAAGGGAGGGGAGAGGCCCCAGCCUGCUGUGGGGCCAUUUUAUACUCUAUAUGCUGCACCCACUUCUCUACUGUGCUGUCCUGUUUAUUGGUUUUGCAUAAGUUCAGCUUCCAUAUAUUAUAUGUACAUAUUUUUUAAAAAAAUCUAUAUUUUGGGAAAAAACAUACACAACAUGUCAUUCUUUUCAGAUUUUUACCUUUAAGAAAAAGAAAAUACUUAAAAUGAGCAUUGCGACAUAAUAGACUAGGACAAAAAUAGCAUCAGGUGGCUCUGCAACUGUUUUCCCCGUUUUGUUUUGUUUACCAUCCCCAACUAGAAGGAUUUUCUCCAUUUUCUUUCUUUAGCAGAUAUCUCCAGCAGUCAGUUAAGCCACUAGACAACACCAAAAUUAAGCAAUCUACAGUCUUCCUUUACAAGAUUUUUUUUUACUGUGUUUUUAGAUGAAUGUAUGAUGAGAAAUUCAACAAUAAUUUUGGAUUUUCUUAUCACAAAAAAAUGAAAGACCUCAACCAUCAGAACAGUUCAUCAACCAAUCUGAAUCCAUUUCUCUUCAUUUGAAUGUCUUCUAAAAUAUGUAAAAAGUCAUCAAAUGUGUAUUCCAUGCUACAUGUAUAAUAAAUAAGAACGUCUAUAAUUGUAUAUAUGCCUUUGUUGUAUUUUCCCCUCAAGAUGAUCAACUGUGUGCUGGACAAGUGAAUAUUAAAUAAAUCUAUUACCAGUGAAAUUUUUAGUUCCGAAGAUAAUAGGAACUGUUUCACAAACAAAACAUGUAAAGCAGUAUUAAAACUUGAGCAAAAAAAGUGUUCUGUAUCUGCUUUAAUAAAUGGGUAUUCUUUUUGUCAA